GCCCUUGCUAUAACAUGUGAUACUAUAGUAAACGAUGUUAGGCCUAUUGAUGUCACUUUCCACACAUCGCCGCCUCACGAACUUCAUGAGCAGGAUAUAUAAUUAAUAUAUAGCGACAUAGCCCUUGCUAUAACAUGUGAUACUAUAGUAAACGAUGUUAGGCCUAUUGAUGUCACUUUCCACACAUCGCCGCCUCACGAACUUCAUGAGCAGGGUAUAUAAUUAGUAUAUAGCGACAUAGCCCUUGCUAUAACAUGUGAUACUAUAGUAAACGAUGUUAGGCCUAUUGAUGUCACUUUCCACACAUCGCCGCCUCACGAACUUCAUGAGCAGGGUAUAUAAUUAGUAUAUAGCGACAUAGCCCUUGCUAUAACAUGUGAUACUAUAGAAAACGAUGUUAGGCCUAUUGAUGUCACUUUCCACACAUCGCCGCCUCACGAACUUCAUGAGCAGGGUAUAUAAUUAGUAUAUAGCGACAUAGCCCUUGCUAUAACAUGUGAUACUAUAGAAAACGAUGUUAGGCCUAUUGAUGUCACUUUCCACACAUCGCCGCCUCACGAACUUCAUGAGCAGGGUAUAUAAUUAGUAUAUAGCGACAUAGCCCUUGCUAUAACAUGUGACACUAUAGAAAACGAUGUUAGGCCUAUUGAUGUCACUUUCUACACAUCGCCGCCUCACGAACUUCAUGAGCAGGGUAUAUAAUUAGUAUAUAGCGACAUAGCCCUUGCUAUAACAUGUGAUACUAUAGAAAACGAUGUUAGGCCUAUUUAUGUCACUUUCCACACAUCGCCGCCUCACGAACUUCAUGAGCCGGGUAUAUAAUUAGUACAUAGCGACAUAGCCCUUGCUAUAACAUGUGAUACUAUAGAAAACGAUGUUAGGCCUAUUGAUGUCACUUUCCACACAUCGCCGCCUCACGAACUUCAUGAGCAGGGUAUAUAAUUAGUAUAUAGCGACAUAGCCCUUGCUAUAACAUGUGAUACUAUAGUAAACGAUGUUAGGCCUAUUGAUGUCACUUUCCACACAUCGCCGCCUCACGAACUUCAUGAGCAGGAGUUGGCUCCCGAUCAGCUAGAGGUUUUGAAUGGUCUCAGACAACAAGGGCUCUAUUACAGUCUUAAAACAGUUAUGGAGGACAUUAAUAUCCAUAAGCUAAAGACAGGGAUCGUAGACCUGAUGUCAGUCCACAAUCGCUCUGAGUGGAUAUACCGAGUGAGGCAGAGCUACCAGGCUCGAGAUCAGAUCAAGAAGAAGAAACGGAUGAUCUUCAUUAAUAUCGAGACGGUCUAUAGCUCCAAGCGAGAGCAGAUCACAAAGGCAGUGGCUCGGCGCCUGAGAGGCAAGCAGAUGACCUGUCCGCCCAAGUUUAUGGGAGACAUCAGAGUGAUCUUAGGUCCAGGUGUUGCGAGAAAACUCUAUUACAGCCUCACCAAGUACUCCACCUCCCAUCAUGUACAGCAAGUGUUGUCUACCCAAGCUGUUGUACUCGAGAGGUACUGGCUCCACCAUGCCGCUUUCACUAUUAGUAAAUUCUACAAUGAGACAGAUCUGCCGCCAAGAGGACAUCACAUGUACCGGUGGCCCAGAGAUCUGCUGGCUCCUGACGUGUUGUUCUUUGUCAAUGCGACCAAGAACGUAGGACUCGCUACGGGAUUUGACCAGCCUUACACCGCAUUCACCGAGAGGUUGAUCCAGGUGUUUAGGAGAGUUGACGGAGUGAAGGUGGUCGAACUGAGCCCCUCUAAGAACUACCUGGUUGUGGUGAAAAACAUCAUCUCCUACAUAAGAGAACAGUUUAGAGACCAUCCAGACAUAAAUCUACCAGGCCUGGAUCUUCCAGGGGGCGUGCUGCAGAAAGAUAUCACCAAGAGAUAGCAUGGAAUAAAGAGAAAUAAUGUACUACUAGUGAAUGACACCCUUAAACAAUGUCUACUCGUACCUUUUCACACUAACUAGAUUGUGGAGGACAGGACUAAUAUAUACCGGACAAAUGUCGGGUAGAAAUGCGAUCCCUAGGUUGAAGGAAAAGGCAAAACGAUAUGCCUUGUCAAAUAAAGUAGAUGGAAAAUAA